AUGCCUCCAACCAACAACCUAUGGCACGCUCAACGAAGAGCAAGUCUCCACACAGAAACCGAUCCCACGAAAAGAUACACCUAUCUGGCCGAAACAACUCCCCAUAUCGCCACCAUCCUCGGCUUCCCAUCACGCUGUUCCACUUUCCCCAAUCUGCACGACAAGACCUGCAGAGAGAUUGUCGAUCUUGCCGGAACAAUUGCCAUCUUCGAGCCUGUCCGUCUGCACGUCCGUCCAGAGGACAUUCCCCGCGCACAGCAAUUGAUCAACGAGCGUAUGGACGGUGCCCCGCCUGAGCAAAAAGCCCGCAUCACGCUCCUCUCAGUGCCAAUCAACCACUGCUGGGUGCGGGAUACCGGCCCUGUGUAUGUGCGUGCUGCCAACGCCGACGACUCUAGCAAGCGAUAUGCGAUUGAUUUCCGAUUCUGUGAAUGGGGCAACAAGUUCGCAGAGCGCAUCUACAACGAUACGGAGGACAAGAUCGGGGCGUUGAAGGGAGAGGUUCAAGGUGGAGAACACAAUUGGCCCACGAUGACUGAGACCGAGAGGCGAGAAAACACCGAAUUCGCGCAGCGAGUCCUUGAGCUCGAUAACCGGGACUAUCCCGGCCAGCCCGUGGUGCGAGUUGUUUCGAGCGUUCGUCUCGAGGGAGGAGGAAUCGAGAUGGAUGGUGAAGGCACGUUCAUGGCGAUGGAGAGCAGUGUGGCGGUGGCGUCUCGCAACGAGGGUCUUUCACGCGAGGAGAUCGAGACUGAACUGCGCCGUCUGCUGGAUGCUCAGAAAUUCAUCUGGAUCCCCGGUCGUGAGGGUCUAGAUAUCACCGACUAUCACAUCGACGCCGAGGCUCGGUUCAUUCGGCCGGGCGUGGUGGUAGUCGGUAGACCACACCCGAAAUGUCAGCCAGUAUAUUGGGAUGUAUACAAUGAGAUGCGGGAGAUUCUGGACAACAGCACCGACGCCCAGGGUCGGAAGUUCGACGUUCACGAGAUCGAGGAGCCCGAUCCGGAUGCUGUGAGAGGAGAUGUGCCCGGUGAGGAGAUGGAGCCGGCGGCUUCAUAUGUGAACUUUUAUUUCACCAAUGGCGGACUCGUAAUUCCUGCUUUUGGCGAUGCCGUGGCUGAUGCAAAGGCGUUAGAGACCCUGACCAAAUUGGUGCCUGAGCGACGAAUCUGCCAGGUCAGUGUUAAUGCGCUGCCCCGGACGGGAGGUGUUUUGCAUUGUACAACCCAGCAAGUGAUAUAA